AUGAGUAGCGACAGCAACCAAAAUAAUCCCAAACGCGCUUCCUACGUCGUGCGCGAGACUCCAGUACCACUCCCCUCAUACGCUGAUAAUAGCAGCACAAUGUCGUCUUCGGGCCGGCAACUUAGGAGUCGACGGCCAGCUCCUCCUCCACCCUCGGAGCCGCCUUCGAAGAAACGAAAAGCUACAUCAUCCCGAGCUGCUCCCGAGCCUCCCCAGGAAACAGUCCAACCCGUCUCACCACCCCUGCCACAUGAGGAUGAAGAACAACCAAAAGCUACCCCUAAGCAAAUGCCAAUUUUAAGACCCCCUACCCAAACGGGUGGUACGUCGCCGCCACAGCACCCCGACGACAUCUACCGUAUGCCGCCUCUCCCACCCUACCUCUCCGUCCAGCCGCGCAUCUGUGAGCCGGCCGACAACUACCGGGGCUGGACCACCCCGUUAGAAUUCAGCUACAAGAUGAACGUGCACCCGCUCACCUUCUACGGCUCCUUCGACAUCUGGUUCGAGCAGGUCCAAAAGAUGGCUGAAGCUAGCAACUGUUCAAUAGAGCUGAAUACGCGCAUCGGCAAGUUUCCCGACCCGGGCACCGUCGAGGCCUUCAUCUGCCAGAUGCGCUUCCUGAGCUGCUGGCGGAUCCUCCACGGCACCAUCUCGGGUGCCUACUGGGCCUAUAUGCGCGUGCUGGGCUACAGCCGGAUCCCAGUCUUUACGGGCGCGCCUGAUGGGGGCAGUGGCGAGCAAUCCGGCGCGUGUCAGUGGCAGCCUCAGCCGAGCGACUGCGUCUACUUUGCCUUGGAGGUCAAGAAGCGCGUGACGGUGCCCAACUCGGAGCAGCAGCCGUGGUACCAAACCAUGAGGAUGGUGGAGGAGGUGCGGUCGGCCAAAGUGACGGACUACCCGAGCGUUCAGCAGUACAAGGAGGGUAUGGCGUGGCUGAAGGAGGUGUUGAAUGGCAUGAUCCUCAAGGGCGAUAGGCAGGUGUGCGAGUCCAUGUAUGAUCGGAAACCGGACUGGGCGCCGGAGUGGCCGGAAGUGCCAGCGGGCGGCGAGGUGGAACCUCCUUGGGCACUUAAAGGAAGCCCGUUACGAGCCGAGGAUGCGUUCAGCGGUUCCAAUGGAUCCGCGGGAGUAGUAAGCAGUUCGAAAAACGCCGGCCACAUCGGCCAACAACAUCAACCUCAACAAGCACAAUCAACCUUUCAAAUUGACCCAAGACUUCAAGCAGGCCCUCCAGACCACCACCACCACCACCAACAACAACAUCAACCAAACAACCACGCAAUAGCCCGCCUAGCACCAAUGAGCGCCUCUUCCAGUGACGGCGGCUACAGCUAUGGCGGCGACGGAUCAGUAGACUUUGCCAACAGCAACAACAACCUAAUCUUCAUGGACGGCACAACCGCCAGUGCAGUCGCCGUCGCUGCCGCUGAAGCGCACGGCCUAGGCGUAGGCGGUCCUAGCAGAAUUCUGCAGCAGCAGCAGCAGGAAAACAACGAUAGCAACACCAACCAAUAAUGUGAAGAGCCAUUUCAGCUAGUAGCGACGAGAUGGGGAAAACAUGUGGGGAAAAAUCAUUCGACUUGAGGGAAGAGAAUUGCCACGGAUACUGGUCAAAAUCGGCGGGGCGGGGGAAGCGGGAUCAUAAGGCGAGACUGACGGCGCAGCAAUGACCUUGACGACCUCGAGGACGGCAGUGGACAUAGCAACUGCAUUUGUUUAACGAAGGAACAUGACGCUAUCUUGAUUCUUAAUUUGAGUGUAGGUACAUGCUAUGGGCGCUGGACAUGGGCAUAAGGACUGACAAUGGGGUCAACACCUAUUUUUAAUUUGUUUCUUUUCUUGUUUUCUUUUUCUACUCUCUGGCUACCGGAAGGGGUGGCGGUUGAGCGAGGUCAAGAAGUCACGCAUUCUAUUUGGAUGGAUAGGCAAAAUGGAUGGAACAAUUAGGCAAAGCAAAACGGGGUUUCAAACAUGGAAUUGGCGCGGAGUUUUCUUCGAAAGCAGUGAUGUGUCUCGGGGCAACCGAUGUUCGUUUCAAUGACCUGCCUGGAUGUACGGAACUAUCAUGAAUUAUGAAUGGCAGUACGGGUUUGGGUAG